UUGGGCAGUCGUCUGUAGGUGUGCAGACGUUACAGACGUGAUUGCAGACACUCUCUCUUUUUCCGAUUCAACUUUGACAGUGCAAACAGCGCUAAGUGUACUCAACAAUGUUUUCUAAGAAUAUUUAAAAACACUUGCGGUAUUUGCGCUUAAACUUGCGUGGGUUCAGUGUAUUAACUAUACCCUGUCCCCAACCUCAAACUUGCGGUGAAAAUACAACCAAGAAGUGAUUAUGAGUGUUGAUUAGUUAAUGACCUAAUGUAUAAUGUAUCUCGGGAGCUUCGUCCCAAGGGGGUGCAAACAACCCUGCUCUCCAAUGAUCAUCAUCCGGUGCUGAUUGAAUUUGAACCUGAACCUGAUCUAAGAGUAAGCUCCGAGAGAGUUCCAAGAUCUCACCCAACACAACCCUGCUCAGCUGCUCCAACCACAGCGAACCUAACAACAUUGAGCACACACAACACAACACAACCUGAUCCAGUGUUAACCAAACCAGGACGACAGAACCAUUUCCCCGACCAUGAAGAGAUUUUAGCGGUGAACCCGAGUAUGUUGUCGCGGCAAAAUAGUUCCGGGAGGUUGCUUGAAACUCAUUUUGAUGAACCCUACUCCCACAUCCGUUCCUCCUCUCAAUCCAACCUUCCUCCGGUUGGUAAUGAGACUGUUUCUCCUCAGCUCAACAGUUCCUUCCCGGGUGCAGAGGCUCCGUAUAUCUCCUCCUCUGUCACUUUACCCGCGAAGGAGGAUCUGGGGUUUUAUCAGAACCUGAGCGGAAGGUUUCGUCAGUCUGCGUACAGGACGAGAGAAGAACAAAGGGCGUCCUUCUCCAGGCAGGCGGAGAUGCACAAGAGUCCUAAGACCCAGGAACUGGAGGAGUUUGCUGCUAAAUUUGAAGGUUAUCAGAAGCAACGAAGUCGUAGAAACCUGCAACCUACUCCUAUGCUAGAUCAGCUAGCUAGAGAGAACCAGGCUCAGUUCUGGUUAAACAACCCAGAUCAUCUCUCCCCCCUGGAGUCCAACCUGUUAAAACUAGUCCAGAGAACAGAUUCUAUCAACCGUCGAACCAUCAGUGAUGAUAGUUCAAGCGGCCGUGAAUCUGUAACCACCGUGAUAUCAAACUGUUCUAGUGAAACUCUUAAAUAUACGGAUAGACAUUCAUCCAGUGAGACCCUGAGAUAUUCUGAACCCGGAGAUGCUGGGACGGAGCUGGAGGGGGACUGGACCCAGGACCAUUUAUCCAGGGAGGAUCAACACCAGUUUGAAAACCCGUAUGGAAACUAUAUGAACAUGUCGGAGAAUAUUUCAAACUAUCCUCUCAAACCCAAACAGUGGAUCGGAACUCAUGGAACAAAUCGAAAGAUCCUUUCUCGGAGCAUGAGCGAGUCUUCAAAGCUUGUUGAGCACCCUGAGAACCUCGAACCUUAUGGUUUACCUAUGUCAAAGGCUGGGUUGAGAAUUGAGGACGGGUUGAGCCAGGUUAUAAAGGAGAAGGAGGAGACUGUAAGAUCUGGAUUUAAUAAUCCUGGCAUGCAGGGAGAAAUCCUAGGGUCAGUCAUGAAUGAAAGAAAUCUAGGAGAGAACCAACCCUUGACCCGACAGGGACAAAAAUUUCCAAUAAAAAACGAACCCCUGCACAGGGACUCUGUGAUAAGAAAUAUGAACCUGCAGAGGGAGAAGGAGAGGAAUGAAACCCUGCUGAGAGGGGAGAUGAGAACGGAAACCCUGCUCCAGGACGGAUUCUGCUCUUUUUGCAAUAUUCGGCACACUCCGACUUCGAUUCCCUGCCAGGCUCCGAGAUUUGAACCUGAACAAGUAAGUCCUGUUUCUUAUUUACUAGGGCAUAUUGAGAUAGAACAUUGUUCUUGCAAAUUACAAGAGCACAGACCUGUAAAAUGUGUAACUAUAGGGACCACCCAGAGCCAUUACGGUGGAACAUUCUUUG